GUAGAGCUCAGUUUUACUUUUACACUGCUUCGAUUCGAAUCAACUUCUAAAAUACAAUAAAACACAAAAUGAGCAAAUCUCAAAAAGCGACCGCGAAGUUCAAACGCGGCAAACGACACACUAAUUAUGGAAAUACGGCGCACAGCAACCGACACAACCACGCCCACGCCCACGCCACCCACAACACCCGGCCGGACGGUCUCGAGAAGGAGGUGGAGAACUCCCGCAAGGCGGUUGAACGCCAACUGAUCUAUCUCUCCGAAUCGAAUCGCGCCUCAGCGCCACCCACUCGUCCAGGGCGACGUGGUGCGGGCGGUAGAAUUGGUGGAGCCGGUGGCGCCCCCAUCGGCGGCGGCGGUGGUGCCGGCAAUGAUUCGGCGGCAGGACAUCGUCGGAGACAGGCGAAGAAGCAACCCCAGAUGGGAGUGUCACUGCCCAUGAGAGAUGAGACGCCAUCGCCGAAACAGAAGCCAAGAUCAAGAGCCAGGACGCCAUAUAAUGUAUUUAUGGAGUCACCACGCCGGAAUGGACUAACGCCCCGAGAUCCUGUGGCCGAAGCGGAACUGGCCGCUUUGCUGGCCGCCCAACGUAACGGUACCGGAUCCUCCAAAGCACGUCGCCUUCAAGAGGUCCUGCUGCAGGAGGACGGUGACGGUGGGAUGGAGGAUGAGUUCGGACGUCUGGAUUUGAAUGAGAAUUUGGGCAGCUAUCCGCCGCCGGCAGAACCACAACCGACAUACACGUGCGGUGUGUGUGGCGCCAAGUUUCAUAUUCGAUCGCUGCUGGGCGCCCACCGGCGGACCCACGACGAUGACUUCAAGGUGCGCUUUCGCGGACGACGUCCCCGUGAUAGUAAUACGACCUUGACGGCCGGCAGCCAGUGCAAGUUCUGCGAUCGUCGCUUCGAUCUGGAGCGGACGCUGCACAUCCAUCAGAUGUGCCACUGCAAGAAGAUACCGCCGCAGCAGCGUCGCAAAUUGGCCUACACCGAACUGGCGCACGAGAAGAAGGCGCCGCUGCCCAGCUUCCAGAGGCACUCCCACUCCCAUUCCCACUCCCAUACCCGCACCCACAACCAUGGGGGUCAUCACUCGCAUCGGAGCAGUGGGCGUGGACAUCAGGCCGCUUCGGUGCCGGCCAUGAAGCAUCCUUUGAUGCAACAACACGAACAGGAUCUCCAAAAGACCGUGCUCUCCAACCCGGCGGUGCACGAGCGCUGGCGUUAGGUCCAGAAAAAAAUAAAAUAUAUUAUAUUAAAAAAAUAAUAUAAUAUAAUAGCCAGUACUAUCAAGAACAUCAAGCCACCAACGCUUGUUUCCCAGGGCACUAGGUGGUUAGCAGGAUAUUUAGACAAAUGGAUAAUGGAUCAGGAUAAUGGAUCAGGAUAAUGGAAAACAAAACACAAAAAUCAAAAGAAAAAAUAUGAAAAAAAAAAAUAUAACAAAAAAUCAAACUAUUAUGAACAGAGAAAGGAUCAAAAUGGAGAGAGAGCUUGAAACCGGGAAACAUGUGUUUUUUCAGAGUGGAUAUCCGACAGAACACGUUUUACCAGAGAGAGAUAGAGAGAAAGGAGCACGGAAUAUGUAACCAGCCACCACAGCUUCCGUGAGUCCUUAAGGACACAACAAAAAUUAUAAAAAAAAAAACGAAUAUCAAGAAAAUACAAUCCAAAAGAAUGAAAAUAAUACGUGUUCUGUCACUCUGGCGUUGAACAGUCUACACAAAAUAUUAUAAAUUAAAUAAAGCGAAAUUUAAAGUCCCCACAAGAUAAAAA